GAACUAAUGAAAGGAAACAGGUAAACCCAAACCAAUUAUCAUUAAUUACGCUCCUAAUUAACUAAAUUCCUCCUCUCACAUUACGGCAAUAAAAGGCAAAACCCAUCGUUCCGGUCCCAGCCUCUCCCUCUCCGCAUCUGCAGCUACCUACCAUGUCGAUUUUCUGCUGAAUGAAAAUAACUGAUAAUUCAAUUCAAGAAAGAUAAGAGUGAUGAUGGGGAGGGAGGGCGCUGGGAACGACACUGUGGAGAUUAAGGUACAUCCAAAGCGGGAAAACAAUGUAGGCUCACCACCACCGUAUCAGAACAAAUCUGUUUUCAAGAAAUGGGUGCCAUGGCUUGUCCCCUUAUUUGUGGUUACUAACAUUGCUGUCUUUAUUGCUGUCAUGUAUGUCAAUGAUUGCCCCACCAAUUCUGGCUCUUGUGUUGCUCCUUCUUUGGGCAGAUUCUCCUUUCAGCCUCUCAAAGAAAAUCCCCUUCUUGGCCCCUCCUCUUCAACUUUGGUGAAGAUGGGAGCUCUAGACGUGGUUAGAGUGGUGAAUGAGCACCAGAGUUGGCGUCUCAUUUCUUGCAUAUGGCUACAUGCUGGAGUCUUCCAUGUGGUUGCCAACAUGUUGAGCCUCCUCCUAAUUGGAAUUCGUCUUGAGCAAGAAUUUGGGUUCGUUCGAAUUGGGUUGGUCUAUGUCAUUUCUGGCUUCGGUGGGAGUUUGUUGUCGGCUUUGUUUAUUCAGACAGGUAUAUCUGUUGGUGCCUCCGGUGCACUGUUUGGUUUACUAGGAGGCAUGCUUUCAGAACUGAUUACGAACUGGACCAUAUACGCAAAUAAGUCAGCAGCACUGACAACUCUCCUUUGCAUCAUUGCAAUAAAUCUAGCAGUUGGACUCCUCCCACAUGUGGACAACUAUGCUCAUAUUGGAGGAUUUCUCUCUGGCUUUUUUCUGGGCUUUGUGUUCUUAAUUCGCCCCCAGUUUAAGUGGAUCAACCAAAAAGCAUGUCCUCCAGGAUACAUUGCACCCCCAGCUAAAUCUAAACACAAGACGUACCAGUAUGUAUUGUGGGUUGUAUCUCUGAUAGUAAUCAUCAUUGGAUUUACUCUUGGGAUGGCUGCACUCCUUCGAGGAAUUAAUGUGAAUGAUCAUUGUUCAUGGUGUCAUUACUUGAGCUGCGUUCCUACUUCAUUAUGGAGCUGCAAUUCUCGGCAAGUUUAUUGUCAGUCGACUCAACUUGGAAAUCAACUGAACUUGACGUGCUUGAGCAAUGGGAAAAGCAACCUGUAUUAUUUGUCUGCUGACGUCCUGUCCAAGUUUCAGCAGUUGUGCGCACAGCUUUGCAGUUGAUGUGCACCCUGUACACGAUAGAUUGAUCGAACUAUGUAGUUUUACAAACUGGUGAAUUUAUGUGAUUCAUUUAUCCAAAUGUAAAGAACACUCAUCGAUGACCGCCGCAUGAUGAUAUAAUUUCAUUGAUUUCUGCAUGCUCUGCAUGGUUCAAACUUCAGGCUCUCUCUUUAUGAUUCUUGGGAUAUUGGCAAGAAUAGCAGAUCAAUUUUAUAUGAACUAAUGAACAGCGUAAACAAAGUAUUUCUGUUCCACCAUGGCAUCCAUACUUUUUACAUAUAUAAUGAUUGGUUUUUCACGUUGUUUUAAACAACAAUGCCUGAAACAGAGCUCGUGAAAUUCCAUUAAAAUCUGCAUUAGUGAUCUGGCUAGCCUCAUCCAACAAUUAUGAAUCAAGUGAUUAAAAGGGCCUCAUUAGGCCCAUUUAGAGUCAUUAGCCUAAACUACCAGGGCCCUGAUAAAGAAGAAAAGGCCCAACAUACAAGAACCCCAAGUCCAGAACAACUGAAAGCAAAGCAUCCCCUGCAGCUGAGCUGCAAACAAUCUCUCUCUCUCUCUCUGCGUCUCUGCUCGUCGAGCUCAGUUGAUUUUGAGGUUUUGCAGAAGAAACCUGUAACAGCGGGUAUGCUGGGAGACAGGUGGUUGGGUAAUUGAUAGCUGUUAGGUUGUCAUUAGAUGUUGUGAUUGUUCAUAUUCUAUUCAGUAGCAGUCUCGACAUGUGGGGAUUCAUCAGCUUUUUAAUUUAAUCCAAGCGAUUAUAUUGUGUCAUGCUUUAAUAAAUUUCUUCUUCUUGGAAACUGUCGUGAGCGAAAGCAUUGUUAGAAGAUAUCAUAAACUAUAAAAAGCUUUGGGGUAAUCAUUGGUUUCUAUGCUUUAUAUUUUAUGUUUUCAAAGAAUUAGCAGCAAGCACUCUGUACGAGUUUUCUUCAUCUCUUUUGAAAAAGUAUUUUAUUAAGGAAGAAGAACUAGAAUAUAUUUCUAUAUAUCUGUUAAGACGACACCUUUAAAGACCUGUGAGGAGGAACACACCAGAGGGAAGCCAGGAAAACUUUCCUAUUCCAAAAUUUUAGAAUUUCUCUAACUCUGUAUGCAUUAGGUCACUGAAUUUUUGCACUGCCAUAGCACUUUGCCUUAAGAGUUCCCAUAGCCCACAAGAGAAGCACCCCAAGCUGUAAGAACUCUCCUUUUCUGAUGUUAUAGAGCCAUCCAUGUGUUGAAAUUGCUAAUUUCUAAUCCGCUAAUAAGCUAGAGACUUUAUUCUGCUCAUCUAUGACUUGUUGAAUAACCAUUUCAUUAAUCCAAAACAUUUCUUUCCCUCCUCCAAUCCCGUGCUAGAUUAGGAGCAAGAAUCAUGAUAUCAUUAUGCAUAAAAAUAGCAUGGCUGCAUUUCCUUUGCAAUUUAUGUUUUUAUGCCACACUGCAAUAAUAAUAUAAGGGAUUGGCCUCCAUUGGAUGGCUGUAAGAGAUUGCAAUACAUCACAAAACCUGGUUGCUAAUGUUACUGAAAACCUGACGUGAAAUUAGAAGCUUUGGGUUUAGCCUAUUUUCAGUGUUAAAUGAUCGUCUCAAUCUGACAUGACUCCAUUUUAUUUAAAGGAACAUAGGAAUCGUGUUGUGUUACAAUAAAUAGCUCAUUCUCUCUUAAGUGCUUUUACAUAAUUAACCGAACAGGUUUAUAUUUUGGAGUGACUGAUUUAUCUGAAUACUUAGUUGAUGUGAUAUGAAUAUGGCCCACUAGUGUGAUUUGUCACCCCACUUAUAUUUAUAUAAAAUAAGCAUGCCCCGAUUUACCACAUUUUGGGGUAACCUAGAUUCUACCAACUAUGUGGGAUGACAAUAUAAAUGUGGGAUAUACCAUCUAAUGUGGUAGAUGGUGAAAAGCUAGAAUGUGAUAGAAAUGUCUUGAGCUCGAGUCAUUUUCUUUGCAGAGCAAGAUCUAAGGUUAUGCGCAUAUCAGAUGAGAUACAAGAAAGAAAUGAGUUCACCAAUUGUGUAAAAUGUGCUCAAUUCGGUGAGAAUCUAGAAUGUAACAGGGAUGUCUUGAGUUGAAGUCAUUUUUUCAAGUACUUUAGACUUUUUAAGGUUUGCCAGGAUCUACACUUGAUCAGUGCUAUGUAUCAUACAAGGAUACAACAUGGAUGGUAUGGAAGAUGAGCUUCCUCAUUUGGUUAGAAGCUAAAAUGUGAUAGGCAUGUCUUGAGUUGAAGUCAAUUUUUUUUUCUCAAAUACUUUAUACUUUUUAAGGUUUGUCAGGAUCUAUACUUGUUUAGUACUAUGUAUCAUAUAGGGCUUCAAUGGAUGGUAUGGAAGAUGAGCUUCCACCUAGCUUUGUGUCAAAAAUUGACAACGAUAACAGCUACAAAGUAGAAAUUGAGAGAGUUUCAUCCUCACUAGCUCAGAUGAAUGCAGAAGAUUCAAUUUUGAUUCUUGGUUGUGAAUGGAAGGAAGAUCUUACAAAAAAAAAUAAAAAAUGAAUGUAGUUAAUGCAGGUAAAGAGGAGAUAAAACCUGCCAUUGAAGAGGUGAAUAAUGAAGAGGAUGAGGAUGGAUUGAUGAAUGAAGAAAUCAUUGAAAAUGAGGCAAAAGAUAAGGUAAAGGAGCUUAUUGAAUAAGAUAGUCUAGUUGUUGGAGUUGAAAAUGAGAGAAUAUUUGAAGGAUGGAAUUGAUAAUAGAGAGAAAGCAAAAGGUGAAGGAUAAACAACUCAUGAUGGCAAAUCCUAGGAAAGAAGUAGAUACCUUAAGGGAAAAGGGGAAAGGGGGGAAAAGGAAGAAGGUAGUUUCAAGGGUUGGGAAUGCAAGGAUUGCCAAUAGUACAAAUGACGAAUAAACUUCAAGUAAAAUGAUGAAAAAGAAGAAUGAGAUUAUGAGGAUGAUAUUUAUGUGUAGCUCCAAAACAAAAUAGGAUUGCUAUCAUUGCAAGCUUUUUGGAUUGCCUGUGGGCAAAAGAGAUAUUUUAUUAAGUAUUUUCAAAGGAAUGGAGCUAUUCCUUGUUUGAUUUUGAUUAGAGGUUGAUGUAUGGUAUUCGUAAAGCCACAUGGCUUGAAGGUUAUAACAUUGAGUUGAAGGCUUUGAACUUGGCAUUCCAUUCUAAGGUUAGUAUUUGAACUCAGUGUUUUUUUUACUAUAUUUCAAUCCAUCAUGGUUUAUUCAAAAACAGUGUUAGGUCUAGAUUUGUAUUGCUUUCUAAACAAAGCAUGAGUUUCCUUAAGAACAACUAAUUUGCUUUCAGUUGAAAGUGUGUUUCUUGAUUUGUGAUUGGGGUUGAUUAAGAUGCACUUGUUGUGAAAAUUGAGAAUAAUGUGUUUUUGAGGGUUGUCUUUGUCGAUAUUAGGGUUAGGUAUAAUCGAUAAAUAUGUUACGGUUAGCUUCAACUAUAUAUAUAUAUGUAUGCAUGUAUGCAUGCAUGCAUGCAUGCAUGUAUAUUGUAAAAAAAUGGCAAAGCAAAGAUAUGGAAAGUUUGCGGGUUUUUUUUCCAAAAUAGCAUAGUCAGCAAAAGUAUUUUGGGAACUAGCAUUGCAAGAGAAAAAAAUGGGGAAACAACACAUUUUCUUGAUUGCAUCACUCCCGGUGGCACAACAAAAAAAUUCCCUAGUUGCACCAGUCCUACUGGUGCUAACAAUUGAUCUAUUUUUAACAACCCCUUCCUCCCUGUCUCCACCGUGAACUUUCCUCACCUCUUGGCCUCCUUAUCUCUUUGCCUCCUUUCACCACAAAAACUAGCAACCCCCUUCUCCUUCACUUACCACCACCACUACAUUCGCCACCCCCUUCAAUAAUUUAAGAUCAUUAAAACCCUAAGAAAAACUUGAGCUCACUGCAGUGGAGGCCCAACAGUGUCUCAUGAUGGUCCCACAGAAACAUUGAAGAGAAUAAUCACGGAAUUGGAGAAAACGAGGUCAAAGAAGAACUCUAAAAAAAGGGACGGCAUUUUUGUCCAGGUUCCAGAAUCCAUGUCAUUUUCUUGACACUGCAACUUUGCCCAUGAUUCUCACUGUUGUUGGAACUGCACUCUUUGCAAGGCUACUCAUGAUGUAUGAUGAUUAGCAAGAAAUGAUGGAAGCACAUAAUUAAGAAUUCCCCAGUUGGUCAAGGCAAAAUUAGGAUGCUUACUUGCGAGGAAUGGGAGGAGUUUAGAGAAGUGAGGUCUAGGACUCCUUUUGAAUCCAAGCUUGCUCGUUCUAAUGCACACAUAAGAACCGAAGAACCAGUGCACAUGGUGAGGCUUCCUGUUCUUUUCAUUACUACAUUUUGUAGUUUGGCUGAUAAACACAUAUCCAUCACGGGAAUGAUUGUAAAGUAGCAAGUGCAUUUGCUCACAUUUAACCCUUUAACAAGGGAAUCUAUAACACAUGGUUAUCACAUGAAUGUUAUUUGUCA